AUGGCAGAGACAACAAAUCCCUCCUCUGACGAGGGCCGUCUGACUGAGCUUAGCCACUUGGCUGCUGCAAAAGCAGCUCUCAAGGAUUAUCAUUCGGCCGCUGAUUUGUAUUCACAAGCAGCCGAAUUACAAGCUACAUUGAAAGGCGAAAUGGCCAUUGAUAAUGCUGAUUUGCUCUACUCCUAUGGCAAGUGCCUUUAUCACGUUGCGCUGAGCCAGAGCGAUGUUUUUGGCUCUCGAGCUGCCGUCCAAAAUAUGGCGGAGUCGACCCAGAUUCAGGAAAGAGAAGGGUCAGCGCCGGUUCACGAGUCACUUGUACGCCAAGAUGGAGAAAAAGCUUCCAACUUCUUGCAACAAACAGCCUCUACGCCUAAUGAACACGGCGGUGGUUUGAACGGCAGCGAUACGGCUAGCCAUACUUUUUUUCAAUUCAAUGGGGACGAAGACUUCGAGGAUGAAGAUGAAGAGGGCACCGAGGAUGUAGCUGACCCAGCCAGCGAAGACAAUGAUUUCGAGAAUGCUUUUGAAACCCUUGAUAUGGCACGUGUUUUACUCCUUCGCAAAUUGGACACCUCACCAUCCUGUCUAAGCGAGAAUGACACUCUGGACAUUAGAAGGGUAAAAGAACGCCUCUCGGAUAUAUAUGAUUUACAAGCAGAAAUAUCUUUAGAGGGCGAAAGAUUCUUGGAUGCCGUUUCCGAUUUACGCGCUGCAUUAGAGCUUAAGAGCGAACUCUUCCCGCUGGAGGACUCUACCCUUGCUGAGUGUCACUACAAGUUAUCGUUGGCUUUGGAGUUUUCUUCUGUUUCUCUACCGAGCAGUGACGGGAGCGCUGCAGCAUCGCAAGUUGAUUUUCAAAUGAGAGAAGAAGCAGCGAAGCACAUGGAAGUCGCUAUUCGAUCUUGCGAGCUUAGGGUUUCUAUUGAACAAAGAAAGCUGGAAGCUGUUGAAGCCACGGAUGUACAAGAGCUGGCCAAAAUAAAGCGACAUGUAGAGGAUGUGAAGGAAAUAGUCUCCGAUAUGAAACAGCGGCUUACGGAUCUGCGUAAUCCUCCCAAUGCAGUAUCGGACUUCUCUCGAGGGGUGGACCAGAUAAAUGCAAAAAGUAUUCUCAAUCAAGUCCGGUCCGCUUCGGAUAAAGUGUUGUUGGAGGAGGCUAUUGAAGGGGCAAAUGAUCUGAAUGCAUUUGUUCGCAAAAGAAAGCGAACCUCGUCAGCGGCGGCGGGAAAUGGAUCCGAGAAAUCUAUUCCUUCUAAGCAAGCUAAGGGUCCUACAACAUGA